AUGGAACCAAUCAAAGCAACCACUGAAACAUCACCUGAAUGCACCAUCGAAACAUCACAAAUGCCAGCAUUUCGGUUGGUUCAUUCAAACAAAAAUAAACCGGAGCCUGGAGAUAGUCUUUAUGCUUCACCAUCGGAUGGACCAGAACUCGUGUUGAUAAAACAGACGCUGAUCGGAGCUGAUAAUUAUGCACAGUGGGCUAGAGAUUUUAGAAGAGCCCUCAUCGUAAAAGACAAGAUUGGAUUCGUCGAUGGCACUGUACCCAUGCCGUCGAAACCCGAUCUUGUCCAUUUUUGGAUGCGAUGUAACACCCUUGUCCGCGCCUGGAUUAGCAAUUAUUUGACUGAAGAGAUCGCGACUGGUCUACCACCUACAGAAGAUGCAGGCGAGCUUUGGGGAUUCAUCAAAGACAUGUAUGGAGCUUUAGAUCUUGCAAAGAUCUACAGUGUUCGACAGAUUCUUACAGAGAUCCGACAAGAAAAUCUGCCCGUCAUGAACUACUUCAACAAGCUUUCUGCCGCUUGGAAUGAAUUGGAUACUGUUAAGGAGUCGAUCGUUGCACCACCGGAGGUUCUCUGA